CUGCAGAGGUUCUGGAGGCAGAAGGUGAAUUUCUGGCAUCAUGGCAUCCACAAAGGUCCUCCUGCUGCAGCUGCUCCUGGUCUCGGUGAUCUCAGUGGUCUCAGCGUCGCAUUACUGGGGAGCGAGCACAACCUUCACCUACAAAGGCAACAACUCGGAUGGAACACACAAGGUGCGCUUUCGUUACAGGGACACCUUUGAUCAGUGUUUCUGGUCCCUCAGCUGGCGUUGCACUAGUGGCAACUGUGGCUACGUCUCCGGAAGUAAGAGAACAGUGAUUGACAGCAGCAACAAUGGACCAAAAUUUGACAGGCUGUUGUGUGAAACUGAAACAGUUGUCACGAGGAACGUCCCGAGUGACAAACCUUUUCAGCUGAGGGCAGACAGCUGUUGUUGGAUUGGAACACGUAAUUGGGUUGUACACUGGGAUGUGCUCACUGGUGUGGAUUUGGGGAAAAGAUCUGACACCGGAGAACCAAACAAAUCACCAGAUGUUACCAUUCUGCCUUUCUUGAGAAUUCCUCAGAACUGCCCUCGAACAUACAAGCUGAUGACCUUCGAUCCUGAUGGUGACGAUGUCAGAUGCAGAUAUGGAAAUCUGAGGAACAUAGAGUGCAGCAGGUGCGACCGACCUGCAGGAUUCCACUUAGACGAGGAUUCCUGCACAUUGCACUACAUCUCCUCCACUGCCAACCCCAAAGUUUUUGGAUUCGAGAUGAUGGUGGAGGACUACUCAAAGGGACACAUCAAUCUGUUCUACUCCGAUGGAUCCUGGUCCCACAGGCAUCCAUGGCCUAGGAGGAGGAGUAAGAGAGCCGUCAGCUAUCCUACCACAGCUGCAAGGCCCUGGUGGAUCCCAGCCGCAACCCCAUGGCCCACAACCACAACUAUGACCACAACCCAAAGGCCCAUAACCCCAUAUGCUCCGACUCCUCCUCUUAGCCAACUCCCACUGCAGUUCUCUUUUCUUGUGGACCCUCCUGCUCCCUCAUGUGUUGAAGGAGUCUACCUGCCCAAGCUUGUGCAUCCAACACCUAUACAUGGAGAAAAGAUCCAUGCAGAGGUCGACUCAUCCAUGGAGAUCAGAGUCAAAGCUCAAGCUUCACUUGCAGUGAUUCAAGGUAUCAUCAUCAGUGGGCCUUCGAACGUCACCAAGCACAAGACCACCCACAACGAGUUCGUCAUCAGAUGGACGCCUACGGCCGACGACCUGGGGGAGUUCUUUCCAAUCUGCUUUGCUGUUGAAUCAGCAACAGGGCCAGGUGUCAUCAGACCUCCAGUCGCCAUACAUUCUCAUUCUCACUCCCAUUUUCACCCAACCCCAACUUCACGGUCUGGCCUCUAUCACUCUGAGAUGAGGUGUGUCGUGGUGGAAGUCAAGAGAAAGAUAGUUCAAUCCCACGUGAUCUGCAAUGAGUCUUCAAUGACAAUCCUGGUGGAGAAAGCUUCCUUCUCUCGACUCAGUGAGGAUCAUCUGCGGCUCAACGACCCCUCCAACACCAUCUGCAACCUGACGUCUAACAGCACCCACGUCAUCGGCGUCGUCCCCCUCAACCAGUGUGGCACUCAGAUCGAGGAGGAUGACGACAACCUCAUCUUCAAGAAUGAAAUCACCACAUAUGAAGACAUGAGGAAUGUGAUCACCAGGAAGCACCUGCUGGAGGUGCGGUUCUACUGCCAGUACCCCAAACAUGGCAAGGUCUCGCAGAGCUUCUCGGUUCACAGGAAGAACGUCACGGUGUGGGAGAAGGGCAUGGGCACAUUCACCUAUGGGUUUGAGUUCUACGAGGACAACAGCUACCGAGCCAUGAUAAAUCCAAACUCGUACCCUCUGGAGGUAGAGAUAGGGACCGAGCUUUACAUGAAGAUAGAGGCCACCUCUUCAAUCAACAAUACUGAGAUGUUUGUAGAGUCCUGCAGGGCUGCACCGUAUGACAACCCCAACUAUCGUAAACCGUACAUCAUCAUCGCAAAUGGGUGUAAAGUGGACCCGACUGUUGACAUCUAUCCUCGUGCACACAAUAAGCAGUUCUUGUUCAGCAUGGAGGCCUUCAAGUUCAUCGGCUUGCAUGACCAGGUGUACAUCAGUUGUUCAGUUAUCAUGUGUGAAGCUGGAAACCCCAACACCAGGUGCUCGCAGGGAUGCAUAAACUCCACAAGCAGCCAUCGUCUCUAUAAGAGAGAAGCCAUGAUCCAGAGUGGAACCCACUUCGUUUCCCAGGGUCCCCUGCGCCUGAAGAGGUCGGCCGAGAACAGCGACACAUCAGCGGUCGCCCUGAACCUGAACCUGGUGUUCAUCGCUGGAUGUGUCCUGGCUGCUGUUGGCAUGAUCUGUGGAGUGAUCAUGUACAAAACCAAGGCGUCCAAGGUCAAGUACCAACCGCUGCCUGCAUCUGAGCCCUCGUAAGACACCAGCGUGUGCAGAGAUCAGAUAUUACAUUAGACUACAUUAACUAUGCUGUCAGAUUUUAGGGUUUCAUGGGUCUAGUUGUGUGCAUUUCAACCUCUUGAGAAAUUUUUACAAUCUGUGUCUGGGCAAGUAAAUUUAAUAAGUAAAUUAGUAAAUCAGCAGAAUUUAUACAUUGCAUUAUUGGGGUUUCAUGUGUCUACCCAUGUGCACUUGCAACCAAUUAAUUCAGUUAACUUCAUGAGAAAUGUAUGCAAUCUGUGUCUGGGCAAGUGAAUUAAUAAAUAUUUCUGUGAAACGACACCAAAGAGAUGAUCAACUAGUGCUGCAGUUGCUGGUGAUUGUUAUAAUUGUGUGUAUUUAAAACAGUUUCUCCUAAUCCAUAUUACUCUAUGAUUUAAAUCAAAUAUCCUGAAUGUUUUCUAAGUCGUAACUGUCUCAUUGUCAAAAGUGGCUUCAAAUGAAUGGGAAAAUCUUAAAUAAUUUAUGACAUACUUUUUAAUGGAUCAGUAAAAAAAAAAUACUCUUGCAAUUGUCUGAUAGGAUGACUUAAAAAAUCACAUCAGAGUUCUAAUAUUUUCAUAUCUGACAUGUAUCAGCCUAAGAUAAGGUGGAGGAUGAAUCAAUAAAUUUUUUCUUACAUCUG